AGUGUGCAUUUCGAUUUGAGAGUGAACGUUUUGAUUUCAAAGAGAAACACUUUACAUUUCUUCAUUUCAACAAGAGAACAAAUUCCUCGAUCCUCGCUUUCAUUUCAGUUCAGUAUUCAAUUCAGUUUCAAAGCGUGCAGUCGGUGGUCCCGUCCCCAGUGCGAUUGUAAAAAAGAAAUAUAUUCUGGUGCGGUGUGAAAAAAAAAACAGUAUUGUUUGUUCGCGAGGUAAAAAAAAAAACACUUUGUGCGUUGUAGAAAAAAAAAACAUUGUUCGUUAGUUAAAAAAAACACUGUGCGUUGUUACCUACCAUUAAUUGGAGUCUCGUUUCCGGUUUCUCGUGAUAGUUCGAGUUCAGUAUUCAAUUCAGUUUCAAAGCGUGCAGUCGGUGGUCCCGUCCCCAGUGCGAUUCUAAAAAAGAAAUAUAUUCUGGUGCGGUGUGAAAAAAAAAACAGUAUUGUUUGUUCGCGAGGUAAAAAAAAAAAACACUUUGUGCGUUGUAGAAAAAAAAACAUUGUUCGUUAGUUAAAAAAAACACUGUGCGUUGUUACCUACCAUUAUUUGGAGUCUCGUCUCCGGUUUCUCGUGAUAGGUAUUAUAAAAAACAAAAAAAAAAAACAUUUUUGUGCGCUGUGGAAAAAAAAAACAAUUUGCGCAUUAUUGUGUUGGUCGUUUUACCUACCAUUAAUUGGGUAACAUCUUCUGUAAAAAAUGACUCAAAACCAAGAGCUUGACGAUAUAGAUGCCAUUUUGUCAAAUACCUUUAAUCGGGAAAAUCAAAACAUAAGUAUAAUUUAUACAACAGAAAUUGAAAAUGACAAUCAAGAACUCUUGUCCGAGGAUGACAUACAAUUAAAAACAUUGCUAAGGAGUUUUGAGCUAGAAGAGCUCUAUACCGAUUUAAAAAAUGCAAGAAUCAGCUUCAAAAAUUUAAAGUAUUUAAAAAGAGAUGAUAUAAAAGAAGUUAUUAAACCAGUAGGGUUGCGGGCUGAGUUUCGCCAAAAACUUUUUUUAUACUUGAAAUCUGAGAAUGCAAUUGAUGACGAAAAUUUAAGUAAUGACUCAAAAGUUAUUACAUGGCUUAGUAGAGAUGAAACCACUGAUUCACCUUCAUCUUCUAAAGCUCCUUCAUUUUUAAGUUCACAAAUUCCGGAAUAUUAUUAUAUUCCUCGCCAGCACAAAAAAAACCCCAGUGGAAAACUUUACACUAAAUAUUUUAACCUAAAAACCAAGAGAAGGAAGUGGGAUAUUUCUGUUCAGUCAUCCAGCAGUGUUGAUGGUCCUGAUACAAGGGAGGCUAUAGCAGUCCAAGAGCCCGAAAAAAGUGAGGAAUCGGAAAUAGACGAGUCGAUGUCCCUCUCUCUUAAAAACAUUCUUAAAAGAGACUGUAAUGACUGGAAAGAGACAGUAGAUAAAUGGGAAAGAACAUUUAGUUUACGCCAGACUGAUGCCAAAAAAUACUCAAAACCGGAAUUUUUAAUGGAAUGGCCAUUAUAUAACGAUGCAAGAGCUCCUUCUUUGAUCGAUAUUGAUUUUAAGCUUAUGUAUCCAGGCAGAGAACAUCUUUUAAAAAGCAAAUGGGAUGAUUUUAAAAAACAUAUUUUGAAAUAUUACCAAAAUAAUAUUAAAAAUCCAAACUCAAAAAGCUUACUGGUACAGGGAAAUGAAACAAACAAAAUUGAUUGCGAAGACUACGUGUUUGCGGUCUUAUUAAACUCUAUCCUUCUUCCAUCUGCCCGCUUCAAGAGUUUGGAUGGUAGCAGUAAGCGAAAAGCAACAAUCCAAGAUGCCAAUGAGAGCUUUGUGCUCAUAAUACCAACCAUCAGCAACUACAAAAUUAAAAUAGACGAGCUUACAACAAAAUACUACCAAAGUAAGUUAACAAUCCAGCCAUUCAUUGUAGCUGAAGGGACCGAUGGGGAAAACCUAAAAGCAUUUUAUGUUUUUUUUGACAAAACGCUUUAUAAACUUGAUAGCUUUAUAGAGGGCCUCGAUUUAUGCUUUAAGAUCUUUCAAGUUUUUAACUUAGAAUACCCUAAGAACUGUGAACUGCCUUGGAAUUUUAUUCAACAGUUUUUCUACGAAAUAAAUACACCAUAUGAUUUAAAAACUCCAAGUCUAACUUUACUUUUAAAUUACAUGAAACAGUCAAAUUAACUAUAAAAUGUUCACUUAUUUAAUUCUUUAUGAACGCAUAUUUUACUCUCGUGAACUUUAGAAUUGAAAAAAAAAAUUACAUUGACAAAACUAUAGAUAAGCUUUAUUUCAAAAUUUGAAUGAAAAUUGUCUCGGAUGUUAUCAAACUGUUCUUAACAAAGUAUAUGUGAAGGCCUUUUAAAUUUAUGUCACUUAAAUGCAAAAUCUUUUUACGAAAUUAAUAACACUCAAACAAAAUAAAACUUGAACACUCCAAAUUUCUUAAAAACCUAAAUACUCUAAAAACUGUGAACUGCCUUGGAAUUGUAUUCAACAGUUUUUCUACACAAUUAAUAUACGGCUUGCGAUCUAAGAAGUCCAAACCUAGACUUUACUUUAUCCUUCACUUAUUUCAUUCUUUGGAAUUUUAUCCAACAGUUUUUUUACGAAAUAAAUACGGCUUACGUUUUAAAAGUCUUAUUUCAUUGUUUGGGAAUUAAAAAGUCCCAGCUUAACUUUACUUUAUCCUUCACUUAUUUCAUUCUUUGGAAUUUUAUCCAACAGUUUUUUUACGAAAUAAAUACGGCUUACGUUUUAAAAGUCUUAUUUCAUUGUUUUGGAAUUAAA